GCCACUUGUGUCCCUUCCAACUUAUUUAUAUACAUAUCAUAACCACUCCAACUCCCACAAAUCAAAAUUUGGGCUAACCGUUUAUAACAUCUCAUAUUAAGGGAUUGUAAGAAGCCAGAAAUGAAGAUGAAGAUUGUGAUCAAAGUGCCACUGCAUAAAGAGAAGGAUAAAUCCAAGGCCAUGAAGAUUGCUGUGGCUGAAGAAGGAGUGAUCUCGGUGAGUAUCGGAAAAGAUAACGAUCAGCUUGAAGUGGUCGGAGUAGGAGUUGAUUCCGUUUGUUUGGCCAAAUCUCUUAGGAAAAAAUUCUGUUUUGCCGAUAUUUUAAGCAUUGCCGAAGAGAAGCCGGAGAAGAAGUCACCGGAAAAAGAUCCGCUACCACUUUGUAUGUUUCCGCCACCACCUUUCCAACCUUUAUACGAGCGCCACUAUUAUGAUCCUGGAAAUCCUAGUUGUUACAUUAUGUAAUCAACUUGUGUAUUAAUAACUCUUCCAAAAACUAAGGUGUUCGAAAAUUAAACCUUUGUAUUAUUUGUAAUUGAAGAAUCUCAGUUUGAACUUUUAA